AAUGAAAGCAUUCAUUACAUUGUCUCUUUUGUAUUUGACAUUAGCCAAGUAUAUAAGACUCAUGAUCAUAUAGCUAAGGAAUUUUGUCAGCAACUGGAGAAUCUGUACAUGCAUUCCAAUCAGUUAUUGUGGGUUUAUCAGAAGUGGCAUCAAAAGACUUCAAUUUCCAAUAGCUAUUUGCUGCUCUUGAUGAAUUGGCUGAAUCCUUCAAAGAAAGAAAGAAUGAGGAAAAUGCAUUCUAUGAAUAAGAAUAUCAAUAAUAUCAAGCAGAUGUUCAAUACUAUUAAAAUCAAAUAACAGACUACAAAAACAAGGUAAUUUUGGAAACCUAUACAUUCAGAUUGCCUAAUUAGAAGUAGAUGUAAAAGACUUAACAGAUGAAAGAAGCAGAUUACAAUAAUUUUUGACAGAAGCUAAAUAAGAUCUUUAUGAUGCAACUAAAUUAUUCAAUGCUAAAGAAGCUUAAAUCAAUUCAGAUAAAUCUGUAUUCACUAGAUAAUUUAAUGAAUAUGCUGACACUAUUGCAGUUUUAGAUUAGGCUAUUGCAUUAUUGAAUGAAGUCAAAGAUGAAACAUCACUUUUAUAAAAGGCAGAAAAUAUCAAAGAGGUUUCUUAAAAGAUGCAUAAUCAGUAUGAUAUACAUCUAUAAUUUUAGUCUUAAAUAAUUAUCUUCAAAGAGAGUGUUUUAUUAACCAUUAGUAAAGGCAUUGACAUAAAUUGCUUAAAACAAUUAUGUUGAUUAAGAAAACUUAAAUAAAGUCAUAAAUUAUAUGAAUCAAUUAAGAUAAUCUUUGAUUGAUGGACAAACCUCAUUAUAAAAUCAAUAUGAUUCAUAAUCUAAAUUACAAUAAGAUAUCUUAUCAGAAAUCUAGGCUAAAAUAACUGGAAUUAGAGAUGUCUUGAUUCCUUUGUUAUAAGCUGAAAUUGAGACUAAGGAUGGAGAAAUUAAGGCACUUAAUGCAAUUUUGAAUGACGCAAGAAUCAAUUUGGCUGAAGCUGAAGAUAAUCUCUCUGCCACAUAAAAUAGAUGGAUUGAAAGGUAUCAUUUUAUUUUAAUUUAAGAACUGCAUCACAUAACACCUUAAUCUAAUAAUACGAUAAUGAGUUAUUAGCUAUUAAGGAUGCUGAAAAUGCUUUAAAAAAGGGAGGCAUAUUUAGAUAGUGAUA